GAGUUGUUGCAUGGCAGGAGGGCAGCUACGGACAGCUACUUGGUUUUAUUUAUUUAUUUUGCGUUGUGAUUGAUUACGUUAACCGAAGUAGUCGGCAACAUAAAGGAACGUCAACCGGUAAUCACUUUUUAUGCAUGUCGGCUUUUCUAGGCUUUUCAAGGGACGUGGGGACAUUGCAGCGUGUUGGUAGGUGGCGCAAGCCACCACCUAACCCACAGGUAACAGUCGUUAUGCACGCAUCCACCCGAAGCGAACAUCUUCCACUUUUUGGCUUUUUCCGGGCGCGCUCCGCGUGCGAACCUAACCCUCUUGGUGCGAACCGUGCGAACUUUCGUGCGAAUGCGGAAGCACAGAAGGUCGAGGCGCCUAGGCCGACGCGUGAGCAGUUUCUGGGUUGUGCAGCUUUAAGACGCUGGAAGAAAUCGGGAGGCGGUCGCACACUCCCAUAAUAAAAUCCAUCGGAACUUUUUUUCAGAAAAUUGGCCGAACAAAUCGACGGAAGGUGCGACAGUUGGACGUCGAACCUAGUCGAAUCAGGCCUCAGGCAGCCUCAGGUUCGGAAAACGCUAGCGACGUCCCUAACCAUGGGCCAUGGCAGGUCCAAAGUGGACGCAGGGGGACCCGGUUAGGGACGGGCCCCGUUGCUUCGACGUCGGUCGUCCAGCGUGCCUGGCCAGCUAGUCUGCACGACCCCGUGGCACAGCUGAUGCACAGCCUCCUUGUGCUGCCAGGGUACCUUGCCCUCGGCUGCCCCCUCUCCCUCGGCGGUGAUCCCAAUAAUGGAUGAUGGCGACCCGAAGGGUCUCUCCGGAUGUGCCACACACCAGCGCCGACGCUGGCCGAGAGCUCUUUGAAGCGUGCAGGAACGGAGACGUGGCCCGCGUCCGAAAACUGGUCACGCCCCAGAACGUCAACUGUCGCGACACGACGGGCAGAAAGUCAACCCCUCUGCACUUCGCUGCAGGCUUCGGGCGUCGCGACGUGGUCGAGCACCUGUUGCAGAGCGGGGCGAGCGUAGACGCUAGGGACGACGGCGGCCUGAUCCCCCUGCACAACGCCUGCUCCUUCGGCCACGCAGAGGUGGUGCAGCUGCUGCUGGCGCACGGCGCUGACGCCAACGCUCGGGACAGCUGGAACUACACGCCGCUGCACGAGGCCGCCAUCAAGGGCAAGGUGGACGUGUGCAUCGUGCUGCUGCAACACGGAGCAGACGCACUGAUCCGCAACACGGACGGCAAGAUUGCCCUGGACCUUGCGGACCCCUCAACGCGGUCGGUGCUCACGGGUGACUAUCGGAAAGACGAGCUGCUGGAGGCAGCCCGCAGUGGGAACGAGGAGAAGCUGCUCUCCCUGGUGACGUCUGCCAACGUCAACUGCCACGCCAGCGAUGGGCGCAAGUCGACGCCCCUGCACUUGGCGGCGGGCUACAACCGGUUGCGCAUUGUGCAGCUACUGCUGGAGCACGGCGCGGAUGUACACGCCAAGGACAAAGGGGGUCUGGUGCCCCUGCACAAUGCCUGCUCUUACGGCCACUUUGAGGUAACGGAGAUGCUGAUCAAGCACGGGGCCAACGUGAAUGGCACAGACCUGUGGCAGUUCAGCCCGCUGCACGAGGCGGCCUCCAAGAGUCGACUGGAAGUUUGCUCCCUGCUGCUAAGCCACGGGGCCGAUGCGGGCCUGCUCAACUGCCACUCCAAGAGCCCCCUGGCGGUGGCGCCCACGCGGGAGCUGCACGAUCGCUUGCUCUACGAGUCCCGGGGCCACGCCCUGCUGGAGGCUGCCCGACUGGGGGACCUGGCCCGGCUGAAGAAGGCGCUGACGCCCGACCUGGUUGGCUUCAAGCACCCCUUCACGGGGGACACGGUCCUGCACUUGGCCGUGUCCUGUGGGAGCCCCAAGCGCAAGCAGGUGGUGGAGCUUCUGCUCCGCCGCAACGUCCCGGUUGAUGAGCCAAACAAGCUGUCCCUGACGCCCCUGCAUGUGGCCGCGGACAAGGGCCACACGGACGCGGUGGAGCUCCUGGUGAAGAGCGGCGCCAAGGUGAACGGCGGCCAGGCUGCACUGGACCGGUGCUCUGGAGACGCGUGCCGACUGCUGCUGAUGGCGUGUGGCUCCGAGUCGGGCACGGCGGGCUCUCAGCCGGCAGCGCCUGAGCGAGGCCCUGCUGAGAUGCAGCUCCUGGAGGCGGCCAAGGCGGGCAAUCUUGACCUUGUACGGAGCCUGGUGGAGGCGGACGCGGAUGUGGUGAACUGCCGCGACGUGGACGGGCGCCAGUCGACGCCGCUCCAUUUUGCGGCAGGGUACAACCGGGUGCCUGUGGUUGAGUUUCUGCUGCAGCGGGGUGCAGACGUCCACGCCAAGGACAAGGGAGGCCUGGUGCCCCUACACAAUGCCUGCUCGUACGGACACUACCAGGUGGCAGACCUGCUCGUCAAGCACGGAGCCAGUGUGAACGUGUCGGACCUGUGGAGGUUCACGCCGCUGCACGAGGCGACGGCCAAGGGGAAGUGCGACAUUGUAAGGCUGCUGCUGGAGCACGGGGCAGAUGCAGCCAAGAAGAACCGGGACGGCAACACGCCCCUUGACCUGGUCCGGGAGGGCGACCAGGAUGUAGCAGACCUGCUGCGAGGCGACGCUGCCCUGCUGGAUGCAGCCAAGAAGGGCAACCUGGGCCGGGUGAUGCGGCUGGUGACUGCGGACAACAUCAACUGCCGGGACGCUCAGGGCAGGAACUCGACACCCCUGCACCUGGCAGCGGGCUACAACAACCUGGAGGUGGCGGAGCUGCUGCUGGAGAAGGGGGCCGAGGUGAAUGCGCAAGACAAGGGGGGCCUCAUCCCACUGCAUAAUGCCUCCUCGUAUGGCCACCUGGACGUAGCUGCCCUGCUCAUCAAGCACGGCACGCUGGUCAAUGCCACGGACCGCUGGGGCUUCGGCCCACUGCACGAGGCUGCCCAGAAGGGGCGCACCCAGCUAUGUGCCUUGCUGCUGGCCCACGGUGCAGACCCCACCCUCAAGAACCACGAGGGACACACGCCACUCGACAUAGCCGUCGCGGAGGAUGUGCGCUGCCUGCUGACGGACGCCAUGCCCGCACCAAGCCCCGUGUGCACCCCGGUGCCUGCCUCCAGCGUGGCACCCUCGUUGGAGGGCCUGGAGGCGGAGAUCCCUGGGGCACUACAGCUGCUGGUGACGCAGCGGGCUCCGCGUGAUUCUCUGGGCCCCCCGCUGGCGGACCUGGCGACGCACCAGCACGACUUCAUGCAGUUCCUGGCCACCGUCGGCCUGGGCCACCUCUGCGAGCUCUUUGACAGGGAGCGGAUCACCAUGGACAUCCUGGCCGAGAUGGGUCAUGAGGAGCUCAAGCAGAUUGGUGUGUCGGCGUACGGCCAUCGGCACAAGCUUAUGAAGGGCAUCGAGAAGCUGGUGACGAGCCGAGGGACGUCCAACGCCCCCCUGGCUCCAGGCACGGUGCUGCUCGACCUGUCGCCCCACGACAAGGAGUACCUUGCAGUUGAGGAGGAGUUGCAGGCCACGGUCCGGCAACACCGAGACAACGGCUAUGCGGGUGGAGUAUUUAUGCGCUACAAGAUCCUCAAGAUCCAGCGGGUGCGCAACCGGAAGCUGCUGGAGCGCUACUGCCACCGGCGGAAGGAGGUGGCUGAGGAGAACCAUGGCCAGUCGAAUGAGCGCAUGCUCUUCCACGGCUCGCCCUUCAUCAACGCCAUUGUGCAGAAGGGCUUUGACGAGCGGCACGCCUACAUCGGCGGCAUGUUCGGGGCAGGCAUUUACUUUGCGGAGAAUUCUUCCAAGAGCAACCAGUAUGUGUACGGAACCUGCGGAGGAACCGGCUGCCCCAUCCACAAGGACCGUUCCUGCUACAUCUGCCACAGGCAAAUGUUGCUGUGCCGGGUGACGCUGGGCAAGUCCUUCCUGCAGUUCAGUGCCAUGAAGAUGGCCCAUGCGCCACCGGGCCACCACUCGGUCAUCGGGCGGCCCAGUGUGGGUGGCCUCUCUUACCCAGAGUAUGUCGUCUACCGGGGCGAGCAGGCGUACCCCGAGUACCUCAUCUCGUACCAGAUCGAGAAGCCCCAAGAGCCACCCUCCUGAGGGCUCCAGGGGGGCCGACUGGCUCCGGCCGCGAGUGUGAGAGAAUGUGUGGUGGAUUCCUUCUCUGGACUGGUGCCACCCUGCUGGAGUGAACAAGUGCUUUGUACAUUCAUUGUUUGAGGAUGAAAGAAUGCCUGCUUGUUGGGCGAACAACGGA